UCUCGGCAGGGACACUCCCCGGGGGAGGAGCUGCUGUCGCGGUGGGGCCCAGCCCACACUGGCUGGGAGCUCCCCUUCUGCUCCUCCGCUGGCCCCAGGGGACCGACAUGGCCCAGAAGAGUCCCAGCCCCGCCCUGGAGCCCGAGCACGUCCAGCGGCUGCUGCUCUCCUGCCGGGAGGCCAAGAAGUCCGCCUACUGCCCCUACAGUCGCUUCCCCGUGGGGGCCGCCCUCCUCACCGGGGACGGGAGAGUCUUCUCGGGGUGCAACAUAGAAAAUGCCUGCUACCCGCUGGGCGUCUGUGCUGAACGAACCGCCAUCCAGAAGGCCAUCUCAGAAGGGUACAAAGAGUUCAGGGCAAUUGCUAUCUCCAGUAACUUGCAAGAUGAUUUUAUCUCCCCAUGUGGGGCCUGCCGGCAGGUCAUGAGAGAGUUUGGCACUGACUGGGCUGUCUACAUGACCAAGCCAGAUGGCACGUACGUUGUCAGGACAGUCCAGGAGCUGCUGCCUGCCUCCUUUGGGCCCGAGGACCUGCAGAAGAUCCAGUGAGGGAUGGGGAACACCCACCGCCUGGGAGACCCUGGGUUCCCACACGUGCUUAAGGGGACAGCCACCCAGAGAACUUCAUGAAGACGGACUCACAGACCUGGGGACGCCUGCCUAGUGGUCCCCAACCCCACAGGCGCUGGGCAGAGAUGACUUUUCCAAAUUACACUCAAGCACUGGGGUUUCUACUGAAGUGAUACAGGGUUUCACUCCAGCCUGGGCCACAGCCCCUCCUUGCAACCCUCCUUGUCCUCCCUAGGACUCAGAGCACCCCGACCCUCUCUUCCUUCCUGUGGGCCCUCUUUCAAAUUCCAGCCAAGUCUGUGCUAUCCUGCUUGGUUCUAUCCUAUCUAAGGUUCUAUCCUGCUUGGUUCUAUCCUAUCUAAGGUUCUAUCCUGCUCUGAGCGACUUUUCUAAUUCUAACAUUACAGAACAUACUGAUUCAGGAGAGCACGUUUUGCUCUGUCUCAAUCCUUGCUGUAGCUCUUAGGAGGGGCAGGGUGAUUUGUCUUUAUAGAAAGACCUGGAUUCUUUCUUCCAGGAGAGGAAACAGGCACCUUGGACCUGUGUAGCUGGUGUGGAGAGCUGAGUUUUUAGGCUUCUUGCCCCUGCCUUCUCCAGAUGGGAGGCCACUGGGCUGGAUCUUACUGCCAACGGCCAUUUCUAGAGUCGUUCUGGGCUCGGUUAGACCGGGGCACUGGGUGCUGUCACCCCCAACUAUAAAGGGGGAGGCGUGAGUUUGUCUAGACAGCAUAGCAAAUGUCUCUAUGAGGACCUACUCUGUGUCAAGUACUUUUGCGUGGAUUAUUUUGUAUUUAAAGUACUUGACAACUUGGCGAAGUAGCUAUCUCCCCCUUCUUACAGAUGAGGGCCCUGGUUGAGUAACUUGCUUUAGGACUGCAGCAAAAUUCAAACCAGAAUCCAGGUCCUGUAACUCCCACUGUGGUCUAGAAACAGUGCCUGCUCUUUGCCAUGCGCUGUGAUGUGGCAGAUCUGGAAUUUGAACCAGGUCUGUCUGACUCUGAGUGUUUUUUCCAUUCUCCCACAGCUGAUGUCUGGCUGCCUUUAUUUACUGAGUCUCUUUUAUAUGCCAAAUACUGCAGAGAGAAAGAUGUAUAAGAAACAGUCUCUGCCCUUGAGAAACUUGCAGCCUGACGGGGAGAGAGAGGUGCAAACAGGACUAAUGCACAGAAAUACACACUGUGGUCCAGGCGGGUACCAAGUGCAGGGUGGGCAUGGUUACGGGGGGCAUGCUGCCUUUUGGGGAGUGAGGAGGCUCAGGAAGGGGACUGUCUGUUGGUACAAUUAGGGAGGUGAGGACUAAAUAAGGGAAGGAGCUAGGCUGGCCCUGUAAAGGGGGCUGACAGCUCUGGGGGUCCUCCCUGGAGGAGUUGGCCUUGGGGUGAGCUUUGGUGGCUGGGGUACGAAUAGGGUGUAGAUUUCCUCUUUCCCAGGCAAGCAAGUUGCUGAGGGCACAGGAGGUGGACAGGUAAUUCACCCCUUCCCUGGGAGUCCUUUCUACUGAGAUCAGAGCAUCUGCAGGGGUUACUGUCUGGUAAGACUGGCUUUUUCAUUACACACCCAGACCUACCUGCUGCCAACCUGGGAGCAGUAACCAGGAAAUACAGGAAAGUAUUUCCAACAUUGCUGCAUGAUGCAAAACUCCACCCUGCCUUUCUUUAGAAAUGGCUGCUGUGGCCUCCAGCACACUCUUCUGAAUGUUCUCAAUAAAGAGGAGUGGAGAAAGAAAAAGAAGAAAGGAAGGUGAAAGAAAAUAGGCCAAGAUGUUAACAUCAGUUAAACUUCUGCUUGAUGGGGAUCUAGAUUAGUGGGGUUUUUCCUUUGUACAUGUCUGUAUUUUUUAAAUUUCCAAAACAUUUUUUUUCUAUUUAACAAGAAAAAAAUGGUAUAGCACAAUGGUUAAAAGUUUGAACUUCAGAGUUGAACAGCCUCCAAACUGUGUGGCUUUGGGCAAGCGAUUUCAUUGCUCUGAGUCUCAAUUUCCUCAUCUGUAAAUCAGGGAUGACAGUUCCCAGCGUACAGCAUUGUCGUAUGGAUCAAAGGAAAUAAUGCCCUAUUGAGAGCCCAGUGCUGGGUCCUCAGCAAACUCUUGAUACAUGCCACCUGUUCCUUUUAUUAAGGGUGACAAAUUUGGGUCCUUUGAUGAUGGAUUUGAUUUUUGCAAACAGGCUUUUACAUUCAUUUAACAAUUGUUUAUUGAGUGCCUACUGUGUUGCAGGGCUGGGACCUGACCCUGGGGAUACAAUAGUAAAUAAGACAGAUAAAAUCCCUGCCCUCACAGGGUUCUGUCUACCUGUGGCAAAUGACAUCUAAAUGAUUCUAGUACUUCAUGACAAGGGUCACCCAAGGGGAAGAAAGUGCUCCAGGGGCAGGUCGCAGGAGGAGUGGAGCUUGCCUGAGAAUGGGCAGAGCAGCCCUGAGGAGGGGAUAUUUCAGCCAGGGCACAAGAAGGGUCAGCCCUUUAGGGAAUGGGGUUUGGGGAGGGUCAAAGAAUGAGGACUGUCUGGAGGACAAAGCCCAGUGUUCUUAUACUUCAUGGAAACAGACUGGGGAAGGCAAUUUGCAAAGAAGGAUUCCAGAAAUUAUUUGAACAAUGUCCCCUCGGAAGAAUGACACUCAUUUGGCUGCAGAGAAGCUGGGAUGUUUGUUUAAAAUAAAAGCACUUUCAUUUUGCAGUCCUGCUGUUCUGAGGGCUGUGAUUUCAGAGCAGCACGUGCUCUAUUGUUCAGGGCUGUCUGUGUUUUUUAGGACUCUAAAGCUGAGUCCCAGAUUCCCAUGGACAUGUUCCAAUAGAAGCAUGUAUAUUUCUGUGGCUCUUGCCAGCUUCUGCUAAUUGCUUAUGUAAACUACAAGAUUCUUUAGGAUUUCCUUUUGGGAGGGAGAAGGGCACAACUAUGAUUGACGGAUGCCAGGGGUACUUUGGGUGCCUGUGUCAGAAAUGAAGCCAGAAAAUGCUGUUCAAGAAUAAAUAAUGGAA